GCGAGGGUCGCGCUUCCGGAAGCGAAGGCGCGGGCCAGGACCCGCAUCGAAGGCGAGGCCCGGGGCGCGGCCAUGGCGGCGCAUCUGAAGAAGCGGGUGUACGAGGAGUUCACCAAGGUGGUGCAGCAACAGCACGACGACGCCUCCGGCAAGAAGCUCCGCCUGACGAAGCCCAGCAAGUCGGCGGCCCUGCACGUGGACCUGUGCAAGGCCUCCUCCCCGGCCGACGCCCUGCAGCACCUUCUGCAGUUCGCCCGCUCGCCCGUCGAGGCCGACAGCGUGGAAGGGGUGGCCCGCGUCCUGCUGGAGCACUAUUACAAGGAGAGCGACGCGUCCGUCAGGCUGAAGAUCGCCUCGUUGCUGGGCCUCCUGUCCAAGACGGCGGGGUUCUCCCCGGACUGCAUCGUGGACGACGCCGUCAACGCCCUGCAGAACGAGAAGUCCCACCAGGUCCUGGCCCAGCUGCUGGACACCCUGCUGGCCAUCGGCACCAGGACCCCGGAGAACCCGGCGGUGCGGACGCGCCUGGUGGACGUGGCCCGCAAGCACCUGACCGACACCUCCCACGGCGUGAGAAACAAGUGCCUGCGGCUCCUGGGCCACCUGGGGGCCGGGGAGAAGGCCGCCCCCAAGGAGGCGGAGGGCCGGCCCGCCGGGGACGUCCAGAAGACCGUCGGGGACUACUUCACCGACCAGGACCCCCGCGUGCGGACCGCCGCCGUCGAGGCCAUGCUGCAGCUCCACGAGAGGGGACUGAAACUCCACCAGGCCGUCUAUAACCAGGCCUGCAGGCUGCUGUCCGACGACUACGAGCAAGUCCGCAGCGCGGCCGUCCGGCUCGUCUGGGUCCUCAGCCAGCUGUACCCGGAAAGCAUCGUCCCCAUCCCCUCGUCCAACGAGGAGAUCCGGCUGGUCGACGACGCCUUCGGGAAGGUCUGCCACAUGGUCAGCGACGGCUCCUGGGUCGUCAGGGUCCGAGCGGCCAAGCUGUUGGGCUCCAUGCAGCAAGUCAGCUCCCAUUUCCUGGAGCAGACGCUGGACAAGAAGCUCAUGUCCGACCUGCGGAGGAAGCGCACGGCACACGAGCGAGCCAAGGAGCUGUACAGCUCGGGGGAGUUCUCCAGCGGACGGAAGUGGGGGGACGACGCCCCCAAGGAGGAGGUGGACACCGGGGCCGUGAACCUGAUCGAGUCGGGCGCCUGCGGGGCCUUCGUUCACGGGCUGGAGGACGAGAUGUACGAGGUGCGGAUCGCGGCGGUGGAGGCGCUGUGCAUGCUGGCCCAGUCUUCCCCCGCCUUCGCCGAGAAGUGCCUGGACUUCCUGGUGGACAUGUUCAACGACGAGAUCGAGGAGGUGCGCCUGCGCUCCAUCCACACCAUGAGGAAGAUCUCCAACGACAUCACCCUGCGCGAGGACCAGCUGGACACCGUGCUGGCCGUGCUGGAGGAUUCGUCGCGAGACAUCCGGGAAGCUCUCCACGAGCUGCUGUGCUGCACCAACGUGUCCACCAAGGAGGGGAUCCACCUGGCCCUGGUGGAGCUGCUCAAGAACCUGACCAAGUAUCCCACCGACCGCCAGUCCAUCUGGAAGUGCCUGAAGUUUCUGGGCGGCCGACACCCCACGCUGGUGCUCCCCCUGGUCCCGGAGCUGCUGAGCACCCACCCGUUCUUCGACACGGCGGAGCCCGACAUGGACGACCCGGCCUACAUCGCCGUCCUGGUGCUGAUCUUCAACGCGGCCCAGACCUGCCCCACGAUGCCGGCGCUGUUCUCCGACCACACCUUCCGCCACCACGCCUACCUCCGCGACAGCCUGUCCCACCUCGUCCCCGCCCUGCGGUUACCCGGCAGGAGACCGGCGGCGUCCCCGCCGGCCCCCGGCGCGGCCCCCGGCGGCGGGACCCCCCAGGAGGACCCCUCCCAGCUGUUCCUGCGGCAGAGCCUGGAGCGGGUCCACGGCUUGCGACACCUCGACCCCCGGGGCACCCAGGAGCUGCUCGAGUUCACCAUCCGGGACCUGCAGAGGCUGGGAGAGCUUCAGUCGGAGCUGGCGGGGGCGGCCGACUUCUCCGCCGCCUACCUCCGGUGCCAGCUGCUUCUCAUCAAGGCCUUGCAGGAGAAGCUGUGGACCGUCGCGGCCCCCCUCCACCUGAAGCAGAGCGCGCUGGCGUCUGCCGCCGCCCAGCAGAUCCUGGAGGAGACCUACAAGAUGGAGUUCAUGUACAGCGGGGUGGAGAGCAGGCAGGUGGUCAUCGUCCACCACAUGAGGCUGCAGGCCAAAGCCCUGCAGCUCAUCGUGACGGCCCGGACCACGAGGGGCAUCGAGCUGCUCUUCGGGAUGUGCGAGAAGUUUUUACGUGAAGUGGACGUGUUCCAGAGGUGUUUCGGCUCCGAGCUGCCCCAGAUGCAGGACAGCUUCGUGGACAAGCUGCUGGACCUGAUGCCCCGGCUCGUGACCUCCAAACCCCUGGAGCUGGUCAAGAUCCUGCAGACGGCCCUGCGCCAGAGCUCCUUCCUGCCCCUGCCGCUCCCCGAGCGGAUCCACAGGGCUUCGGCCAGCAUCGUGGAGCCGGCGGGGGAGUCGGACAACCCCCUGCGCUUCACGUCCGGGCUGGUGGUGGCCCUGGCCGUCGACGCGACCCUGGAACACGUGCGGGACCCCCAGCGCGCCGUCAAGGUCCAGGUCCUGUACCCGGACGGCCGGGCCCAGAUCGUCCACCCCAAACCCGCCGACUUCCGCAACCCGGGCCCCGGAAGGCACCGCCUCAUCACUCAGAUCUACCUCUCCCACACGGCCUGGACAGAGCCCUGCCAGGUGGAAGUGAGGCUGCUGUUGGCCUACAGCUGCGGGCGCGGGCCGGCGGGCCGGCCCCCCAAGGCGGCCUGGGGGGCGGAGGCCCCGGAGGCCCCGCCGCCCGACGCCGGCCCCGAGGGCACCAUCCCCUUCGGCAGGCCCGUCAAGGUCUACAUCGUGCCCAAGCCCGCCAGGCGUUGAGGCCCGGAGCCGCCCGCCGGGCGGCGGGGGCGGGGACCGGGGCCCGCCCUCGGCCCCGAGGCGACCGGAAGGCGCCGCCGAUCCCCGGGGCCGACCUCUCCGCCGCGGCGGCGGCUUCCGCCGGCGGGCUGUCUCCCGCCGGGAGAGCGGGGCGGGAGGGGCGGCGGCGGCCGGGAACGGGAUCUCCGCCGCGGGUCGUCCGCCGGGCGGUUCGCCCGGACGUCGGGAAUCAAUAAAGUUGGGGUCGCCCCGUCCCCGUAAGGCUCCGGGGUGGGAGGCCCCGGCGUCCCCUCCCUCGGAA